CAAGCAUGAUAAAAUUCAGAUUUCAUGAAAGUAGGUGUAUGUCCUGAAAUGUGUACUGCUUAAAGUUUUGAUUACCUUUCAUAUAUAUAUAGGUUGUCGCGAUUAAACUAGUGAAACGUGAAAUUAAGGAGCAUUUAACAUGCCGGACAUCUUAAAACAUCAAAGAUCAGGGAGUGAUUACCCUCCGCUGGAAGAUGGGCGUCUGCGAUUCUACAGCAUGCAGUUUUGCCCUUACGCCCAAAGAACAAAACUAGUCUUGCUAAUGAAGAAUAUUCCCCAUGAGACCGUAAACAUCCAUCUGCAAGACAAGCCUUCCUGGUACCUGGACAGAGUUAACCCCCUUGGCCUCGUCCCUACCAUUCAGAAGGGCGACCGAAUCGUGUUCGACUCCCAAAUUAUCAAUGACUUUCUGGACGCCACGUACCCGGAAGUGCGACUCGGCCCCUACGACCCCUACCAAGCCGCACAAGAACGGAUGCUUCUAGAAAUGUGGGGAAAGGUUGUCCCUCCAUUCUACAAGGCGUUUUUAGCCGCGUCGGACGACAAAGAUGCGUACACCCCUCUACUGGAAGAACUCGACAAGUUUGAGUCAAGAAUUAAAAACCGGACUUCACCUUAUUUUGGAGGUGCGAAACCUUCUACGGCCGAUGUGAACAUUUGGCCGCACGCGUACAGAAUACCCCUAAUCUUCAGACUGUUUGCGCCGGAUGUGACGUUAGAUCCAGCAAGGUUUCCGGUGUUCUCGACAUGGAUGAAGAAAAUGGCGGAGAUACCUGCGGUGAAGCAGACGGAAAUUCCCGACCAUGUUUUCAAAGCCUUCAUGGUUUCUGUGAAAAAUAAGGCAACCGAUUACGAUAUAGGUUUGGAGGAGUGACAAAACUAGGAAAACAAUUUAAAUUGGGAAUUCCUAUAAGAUGGUGAACAACCACGAACUUUGUCUUCUUCCUAUCUAUGAUUACCCGUUUACAUAUACACUAGAAAUACAGCUAGCAAAUAUGUUUGUAAUUGACUGCCUUGUGUUUGCUUUAUUUCGUGUGAUUUUCAUUUGAGUCGUGACUAAGGGUAGUUACAAUGCGGAAUGCCUCUGAAUCGACUAAUUCAGUCGUUUAAGACAAACAUUUCAUUCAUGUACAUGCGUGUGUUACUGUAUGUUUCUUUUCCCUUUUUUUCUAUACAGUGCUUGCCAUAUUGUUCUCCUCAAUACGGUGCUUGGAAAUGUAACGUGUUGAGAAAAAAACACGCAUUUGUCUUCCUUUGUGUGUUAUAAAAAGCUUGGAACACAACACAUUCAUCAGUUCUUACAAGAACUAAAAUAUGUAGGCUUACCCCAAAAGAAUAGAAAAAACAAAACUCUGUUUGUUAGAAAAUCGGAGGAAGAUCAAAAGGACCCUGCAGAAGCAAAGUUUAACACGACUUUUUCAGUUGCGGAUAAUCUUAUCAAUUUGCUAAAAUUCGUUUUCCGAGACUUCAAUAAGUCUAGCGUUUCUCCUGUUGAUAAAGAUGUGUUGAAGUAGCCUUUGUUAGGCUUUACAUCGCUUUUCUUGCAUAACAGCAAUACAUGAAGAUUUCCUCCUAUAUUGUUAAUGUUGUUGAUAAUGAUAAAUCGCAUAAAAAGACUA